CAGACGUUGCGACGUUGCCGCUCUGUACACGGCGCGCCGCGCGACCGCUGCGGGCCCGCGCCGGCCACGCAGCGGCCCUCCUCACUCGGCGCACGCCGCCGCCGCGAACGCGCGUUCCUCGUCCGGCUCGUCGGCACGCAGCUCUCUCCGCGGCACCAUGACAUACUGCCUCGACGUUGAACUGUUUAUCAGUGAAGUGAAGAAGUACCCAGAAAUAUGGGACUUGAACUGUGAAGACCACAGGUACAAAAGCAGGAAACAGCAGGCGUGGGCGGAGGUCGCCAGGGUGUUUAUUAAUGACUUCGAUGAUAUGCCCGAGACUGAAAAAUUGGAUGUCUACAGGAAACUCCAUGGCAAAUGGCGGAACAUACGCGACUCCUACGUGCGACAUAUAAAAAGAAAGUACGGGAAGAGAGGUUACAUGUACGCCAAAAACUUGUCGUUCCUAGAAAACAUUUACAAACAGAACAGCAACUCGGGAAGCGAUAUCGAUGCAGACAACAAUGAUGAUACAUGGGCGAGCGAAGCAGAAGACACCAAGCACAACAAACUGUAUUUAAAGAAGGGGCUUGACAUCAAAAGCGACAACUGGCUUAGCGAAGAAGAGCCAGAGAACGUAAAGAGAAAAAGAAAGAGUUCAAAAAGAAAAGAAUUAGAAUACGUGGAGAGUCCAUUUCCGGAGGCAGCGUGCAGCUACAGCGUCGCAGAAGAUGAUGACAGGUCCUUCUUCGAAUCCUUACUGCCCGCUGUGAGAUCAUUCGACUUGGACCAGAAACUAGAGUUCCGUAGCAACGUCAUAGCGAUAGUUAAGAGCAUUAGAAGUAACAAUGGCAAGUUUAAAAUAGACCCAGGUUCUGUCGACGAUGAAUAAGACACUGUCAAUCUGCAGUGUUUACUGCGCGUACGGCGCAUUUGUAAACAAUGCGGAUUGUUAUUUUUUUUUAUCAUUCCAUUAUUGUGAUAAGAUAAUAAAUAAGUGACGUUUAUGACUGAUUUAAUGUUUUGAUUGUAUCCCACUUUUAAAUUAAAUAAGGUACCUUUUAUGUACCGAUUUUCAUA